AUGACUCGUGUUCGCCGGUUCUUGAGUGCUGUUGCUGUUUGCGUCUCGUGCUCCCUCGUGGCUUGUUUAGAGAAGUCUGCGACUGCCGUUAUCUCUGCGGGUUUUCGUCAGAGUAAAAUGAUCAAUGCAUUAUUUCCAUUCACUGCUUCUGCUCAGUGCUCUCUCACAUACAACGCUCGUCGGAGCGAAGCCGUGCUCGUGGCGCCGGAAAAGCCAACGCCUUACGAGCUCAAGCCACUCUCCGACAUCGACGAUCAAUGCGGCCUGCGCUUCUACCGCUCCGGCAUACUCUUCUUCCGCAACAACCCUGCCCAAUCCGGUCGCGACCCGGCCGCAGUCAUAAAGCAGUCCCUCGCCGAGGCCCUCGUCUACUACUACCCCCUCGCGGGCCGCCUUCGUGCUGGCCCCGAUGAUAAGCUUAUUGUCGAGUGCACCGGCGAGGGUGCCGUCUUCGUGGAGGCCGAGGCCGACGUCCGGCUCGAGGACUUUGACGGUGAGCUGAGCCCGCCAAUCCCGUGUAACGACCAACUACUCUGCGAGCCUGAGAGCACCUCUAGCGAUGUCAUCGGCCGGCCCUUGGUCUACAUUCAGGUGACACGGCUCGUAUGCGGAGGGUUCAUCCUCGGCAUCCAGUUGUGCCACUGUAUGGCAGACGCCGUGGGGCUGAUGCAGUUCGUGAUGGCGAUGUUCGAGAUGGCGGCGGGGGCCGCUGAGCCCACCAUACCGCCCGUGUGGGCCCGAGAGAUGCUAAAUGCCCGGUCCCCGCCUUGCGUCACGCACCCGCACCCGGAGUAUGAGGAGGUUCCCGACCCCACCAAGGACCGCAUCUCUCCCGCCGACGUUCUGGCCCACCGGCCUUUCUUCUUCGGUGAGAAGGAGAUGUCGGCAUUGCAUCGCCAGGCGCCCGCUUACCUGCGCGGGACCUGCUCUCGCUUCGACAUGAUCGCCGCCUAUGUCUGGCGGUGCCGCACGAUCGCGUUGGGCUACGAUCCAGAAGACGAAGUCCGAGUACAGUUCGUAGUGAACGCAAGGGGGAAGAGGAACAAUGCGCAGGGCCGAUCCCCGGUGCUCCCUCACGGAUUCUACGGUAACGCUUUCGUGUUCACGGUGGCAUCGUCAACCGCAGGGGAGCUGUGUCGGAAGCCAUUCAGCUACGCACUUGAGCUGGUGGCGGCCGCGAAGGCGCGGUCGGCAGCUGAUGACCACUUGCAGUCGGUGGCCGACCUCAUGGUGCUGAAAGGGCGGCCGCGGUUCGCGACGGCGCGAACUUACUUGGUUUCCGACCUGACGAAAAUGGGGUUGGACGAACUCGACUUCGGGUGGGGGACGGUGGUAUACGCUGGUCCCGCGACCGCGAUGUUGGCCACAUUCCACUUACCAGCGCGGAGCGCCGAAGGGGAAAGGGGGAUACUGGUGCCGGUGCGGCUUCCGGAGUUUGCGAUAGAGAGAUUCGUGGCGGAGAUGGAGAGGGGGAUAUUGAUGAUGGAGGGGGAGAGCCAUGGCUAUGGAGGCCGACAAUAUGCCACGGUUGGGUCCACGUGCAUGGCCAUGUCCAAAAUGUAG